GUGGAAUUCUUUGAACCCUUUUGGGAUAGUGGAGAACCACGAAUUGGAGAAAAAGGAGCAAGAGGCUGGAAAGCAUGGAUGCACCAACAAGAGAAGGGUGGCUGGAUUGCUGUUAAGCCUGAUGAUGAUGAUGAAGAGAUCGAUGAGGAUCAAGAAAUAAAGGACAAAACUCUCCCCAAGUGGCAUAUUUGGUUGGAUAUUGAAUAUUCUCGUGAAGCGAGGCAUUGGUUACCUUGGAGACCAGACAAAAGCAAAGAGGGAAUUGAAGAUGAUUGUGAAGAUCCAGAAAGACAGGUAUUAUUUGAUGAUCUUGGACCAUCGUUAAUCCAGCUUUCUAAUCCAGAUCUUCAGUGUCAACUGCUGUACUCGUUUUUGCAAUUCCUGGGAGUUCCAUGUACAAGUAAACUCUUUCCUUCCAACUUCUAUAUUGCCAUGGAUGAAAAUAACAUCUUCGACAGCGGGCUUUCUGAUGAAAAGCCGCUGACUGCUGUUGAUUUCCCACUUUCUGGAUUCAACAGCAUUGGUCAUAUGGACACGAUGCUGCGAAGGAGACGUCACGUAGGCCACUGUAAAGAAGGAGAGGAGUUCAUACAGAAUGUUUUUCAGGUUCUGUUCCUGCUGUUUCCUGGAAAGGAAAAAUCUAACCUGGCCGUUUGUUGGUUACAGUAUGAAAUAUCUAAGGUAGUUCAGUGUCUCCAAGCAAAAAAGAAGAAGAAGCUGAAGGCACAAGGGAGGAAGAGUAAAAAGCUGGCCAAGAAUCUCCUUAAAGGACCUGACAACCGAAAUGACCUUUCUCUCUGGAAACUGUAUGCCUACCUGGAGUGGCUGCUUGGUAACAUCGACGAUGCCAGGAAGGUAUUUGACACGGCUCUUUGCACGGCAGGGACAGGAGGAUUGAAGAGUCCCCAGCUCUGCAGCCUCAGUCUGCUUUAUGCUCAGCUGGAAGUGGAACUACUGGAAAGUAUAGAAGGGGCUGUUACGUCACGUGCUGUUCAUAUAUUGACCAAAUUGGCUGAAAGCGAGCCAUAUGUGCCCUACAGCGGACAAGUGUUACCUGUCAAUGUCCUGAAAGCUCGUAAAACAUAUGAGCAUGCGCUGCAAGAUCAUUUAAGCCAAACGGCAGUUUCCGAUCAGGAUCGUGUCAGUGGUGCUAAACAGCUGGUUAAUUUGGUUGGUUGCUAUGCCCUGUUCCAGUAUUUGACUGCUGGGAUUGAUGCCGCCGUAUUAAUAUAUGCACAGACUUCUGAAAAACUUGAAGGUGCUGAUCCACAGAAAUGUGAAAAUACUGCAGAGAAUUCUGGCACUCAAAAUUUUCCCACUGCUCUUGAAGCUGUCACACUGCUGCAUACAAAUUUACUCAGAUUCCACAUGAAAAUUAGUGUUUAUCCUUUGAAUCCUCUGCGAGAGGCACUAACAGAGGCUCUGAAACUGUAUCCUAGCAACCAGUCUCUCUGGAGGUCAUAUAUCCACAUCCAAAGGAAAUCUUACAGUGCUGGCAAAGCACGAAGGUUUUUUGAUGGUGUCACGAGGUCUACUGACUCCUUGGAACCAUGGCUGUUUGCAAUCCAAGCAGAGCAGAAGAGAAAAAACCUCAUGGAGAACGUCCAGAGGGCAGAUGCUGGUGAAGUACACUCUACUAUUCCUGAAAUUGGGUUAACAAAUCGGAUUGUAGCUCUGUUUGAACACGCCGUUCAGAGUGAAAACGGUACCCAUUGUCCGCUGCUGUGGAGAAUGUAUUUGAGCUUUCUGGCUUCGCUGGGAAAAAAAGAAAAAAGUAAAGGAUUGUUUUAUAAAGCCCUACAAAACUGUCCUUGGGCCAAGGUACUCUACAUGGACGCGGUGGAGUACUUCCCCGACGAUCUGCAAGAGACGCUCGACCUAAUGGCUGAGAAAGAACUGAGAGUGCGGGUUCCUCUGGAAGAGCUGGAUCUGCUGUUGGAGGUUUAA